GGGCAGCGCUCCCGGCCGCUGCGGGCCAGCUCAUGGUGCCGGACACCGCGACCUGCAGCAGCCGCCGCGCUUGCCUGCCCGGCGCAGAGCUCAGCCCGGCGCGGAGCAGAGGAGGGGCCCAUUAGCAGUCGCGGAGGAGGCGGAGGGGAUGCCGGAUAGACACAAAGCCGGCGGGGGAAGCAGCCCACGUCUCGUCCCGGGAUGGGGGUGCCGCGCCGGGUCCGCCUGAUGGUGCUGCCGCGGGUACUCUGGGGCUCUGUCCCCCUCAUCCUCCUGCUGCUGCCCGCGGCCGAGCCCAUCUGUCCCGAGCCAUGCGAUUGCCAGCAGCACCAGCACCUCCUCUGCACCAACCGGGGCCUGCGCUCCGUGCCCAAGGCUGCCGAGCCGAAGGAUAUCCUCACCUACAGUCUCGGGGGCAACUUCAUCGUCAACAUCUCCGCCUUCGACUUCCACCGCCUGGCAGGGCUCCAGCGCCUGGACCUGCAGUACAACCGGAUCCGCUCGCUGCACCCCAAGGCCUUUGAGCACCUAGACCGGCUGGAGGAGCUUUAUCUGGGCAACAACCUGCUGCCUGCGCUGGCCCCUGGCACACUCAGCGCCUUGGCCAAGCUGCGCAUCCUCUAUGUGAACGCCAACGAGAUCGGCCGCCUCAGCGCUGCCUCCUUCUCCGGCCUCAGCAGUCUUGUCAAGCUGCGACUGGAUGGCAAUGAGCUGGGCUCGCUAGGUGACUCUACUUUCUCAGGGCUGCCAAACUUACUCUACCUGCACCUGGAGUCCAACCGCAUCCGCUGGCUGAGCCGUGGUGCCUUCACCGGACUGGCCAAGUUGCGCUUUCUUGACCUCUCGGGGAACCAGCAGAGCUCCCUUCGCCACCCAGAUAUCUUCGGACCACUGCGUUCCCUCCACACCCUGCUGCUGGCCAGCAACAGCCUGCGGCAGCUGACAGGAGGACUCUUCCAGCACCUGCCUGGCUUGGCGAAGCUCUCGCUCAGUGGCAACCGACUGUCUCACCUGGCUCCGGAUGCCUUCACGGGGCUGGGCUCACUGAAGGAGCUGCGCCUGGAGGGGAACCUGCUAAGCCACCUGCCUGUUUCCCUGCUGGAGCCACUGGGCAACCUGGAGGCACUGGAUCUGAGCCGCAAUGCACUGACCACCCUACAUCCGGCUGCCUUCAGCCACCUUGGCCGCUUGCGGGAGCUCAGCCUUCGGGACAAUGCGCUGGCGACGCUCCCUGGCGAGCUCUUUGCCUCCAGCCUGGCCCUCUACCGCCUGGAGCUGGAGGGGAAUGCCUGGAGCUGUGAUUGCCGCCUUCGCGGCCUCAAGCACUGGCUGGCAGCCUGGCACUCCCAGGGCCGCCUGCUCACCGUCUUCGUGCAGUGCCGCCUGCCGUCCACCCUGGCUGGCAAGUACCUUGACUACCUGCAGGAUGCCCAGCUGCUGCCACCGCAGGGUGGUGGCUCCUGCCCCGAUGGCGACUCUCCCUCCCUGCUGUCUCCUGAGGGGCUUGGGGGCAACAGCAGCGCCGUGGGACUGCCCCCGGGGCCGCCGCCAGCCGCCUCCACUGCCCGCCUAAUGGGCGCACCCAUUGCUGCCAGCCCCACGCCGCCACCACUGCCCAGCGCGGCAUGGCCCCGUCGGGCCAGUGCCGCUGGGGUCCCGCCACUGGUGUCCGACCCGUGCGACUUCAACAAGCUGUUCCUCCACAACCUGUCGGUGGAGGCUGUUGGCUCCAGCUGGGUGACAGUGCGCUGGGCUGUGCGGCCACACCGCAGCCCCCGCCUGCUUGGGCCGGCACGAUUCCGCCUCCUCUUUGACCGCUUCGGUGCCGCUGUCAAGUUCCAGCGCUUCGUGUACCUGCCAGAGCACGGGGAGCCGGCGGCUACGCUGCAGGAGCUCCACCCGGACACCCCCUACCUUGUCUGUGUUGAGGGCAUCCUGGGCGGCCGCGCGUGCCCGGUGGCACCGCGGGACCACUGCGCCGGGCUGGUCACCCUGCCCGAGGGCAGCUCUGCGGCAGCAGCAGGUGGGCCCCGCGGCCCUGACCAGCAGCUGCUCACGCUGGUGCUGCUGGCGGUGAACGCGCUGCUGCUGCUGACGGCUUUGGCCGCCUGGGCCGCCCGCCUGCUGCGCAAGAAGGUGCUGGGGCGUCGGCGUCGGAAGGCAGCCCCUGUCCACGUGAGGCAGCUUUACUCCACACGCCGCCCACUCCGCUCCAUGGGCACCGGCGUCUCUGCCGACUUCUCGGGCUUCCAGUCCCACCGACCGCCCCGUGGUACUGCCGCCUGUGCCCUCAGUGAGGCCGACCUCAUCGAAUUCCCCUGCGAGCGCUUCAUGGACAGCGGGGGCAGCCGGCAUGGUGAUGAACACUUGCUGCAGCGCUUCACCGACUGAGCCCACCGAGGCCCCGAGGCCGGCCGGGAGCUGCGGUCGGCGCUGGGAGGGAAGGUGGACGUCGGUCUCUGAGGGGAUGGUGCGGGCCCCGGGGUCGUGGCCUCCGAGGGGCAGAGCUGCAGCGCAGUGGCUGUGUUCAGCUGCCCUUACUGCAGACCGGGGCUGAGGCCGCCUGUGAGAUGGGGUUGCCUCUGCUGGAAUGUCACUGUUUUUUCAGGAAUCAUCACUAACCCAAGGAAAAGCCCUGACAGGCGGUAAUUGUGCCUUGCCACAAGGAGCAAAGCGGCGGGAGCUACUGCCAACAGCAGCCAGUGCCUCCCUUAAGCAAACUCAGAGCCGUUAAUUUGUGUGCUAUUUUACAGGUGGUUUUCUCCAACUGCAGUUGGGAACAAGUUACAGUGAGCAGCCUGGCCCUGUGUGAGAAAGCUUUGACCAGGUCUUUCCAAGGCACCAGCUCUUCCUAACAAAAAUUUGGACCAAUCUUUUAAUUGAACUGUGUGCAACCAGGGAGGGCUGGAAAUGAUUUUUUCACUGGACAGUUUGAAGGCUAUGCCGUUUCAACUCAAACCGAAUGUGAGGCUAUUUAAUGUGCACAAAUGGGUUUUCUUUUUUUUUUGUAAACGAGAAACAAUAAUGCAGCUAGUUAGUUCUACAGGAAUAUAUUGCUGACACCACUAAGAAAAACUAACAUAUUUUUGUAAUGUGUUUACAAAUGAGCUAUUUUUAAAUUGUUUUUGAAUAAAUACUGCUUGGUACUUGUGCUGUAUUUGUUUGGGUCCAUGAUGGUCAGUAGACCGCUGACCCUCACAUAAUCCAUCUUCAUUUCUAAAUGCACAGAUGCAGAAGUGAACUGUUGAUGGAUAAACAAUAAUUGGUGCCUUUCUUCAGAAACAGUAAUAGGUGAGAAUAUUUCAGGAACAUGAAACAAUCUUCAUUGUAACAGGCAGUUCUCUUUUAGCCUACUAAAGUUAGAAGCUUUAUGUACCUCACUGUGAAAUAAAACAUUUUUGUAUAUUAAUCUAGAUUCUGUGUUUUGUGUAGCUGAAUGAGGAAUACUAAAGUUAAACCCUUAUGCAGUAGUAUAUUAUGUUUGAGUUGUUUUGGUUUGUUGGUUGUUGUGGUUUUUUUUUAAAUUAGAAUUUUGCUUUUGGUUGCAGAACAGUGCUAAUCAUUUUAUGGUCAGUUGCUCUCUACUUCUCAGACUUUCCUAAAUAUUUACAGAAUGUGGUUCUGUUACUAGGAAAUAUGGUGGUUUAGUUUACAUUAAUAAUUCUCUCUGUGUGGUCUAGAAAUGAGCUAGUUAAAGAGGUCCAAACCAGAGUUGCAAUUUAAAUGCAAAUGUUUUAGAUGGAAUUUGGUAAAUUGUUGAGACCAUUAAUACUACUUCUGCUCCUUUGAAUUUAAUGUGCAACCUCAGAUGAACUCUUGUGGAACUGAAUGGCUUGAAGGAAGUGUUAGUGUACUAUGGAGACAUUUUGUCUCAAUAUGAUGCAUUCAUUGCUGACCCGAGGUGUUCGUGACUAGGAGUUGUUUAUUACCAUAAUUGCAAGUAAGCAAUUUGGGAUUUUUUCUUUUUUUUUUUCUCCCUUCUUUUUUUUUUCAGCUGAACAAGUGUUUACAAAAGAUACCAUAGUAACUGGUACCUUCAAUUGGAGUUCAGUGACAGAAUAGAGAGAAAACACUUUAUGUUCUGAGGGAGAGAGUGUAGAGAUCAUUUGCCUUAAUCUUUGUCCUUUAAAUGGAGAAAAAAAAAUCGAAGGCUUGUUUCUUGGGUCAGUAUCAAGAAGUCCUUUGAGACUUCAUUUUGACAGGCUGUAGUUUUCAGGAGUAUCAGGGACCAAACUCAGUUGUCAGUGUAUAGAUUAAAAUUCAUCACUGCUAUAGACACAAUGUUGAAUGGAAUUAAAACUGAAGGAAUGUGGGAUCAGGUUUCAUUUUCUUUUGUUAAAAAUAUUAAAUUUCCGUUCUUUUGUACGUCUGGAUGUUCUUAGCCAUUUAUGACUGUGGAGUACACCACUGUUUGUUGUUAGAAAUGCAGUGGGAUUAUUGAGUAAAGCUGUGUAUCACACUAACGUUAGCUCUAUCACUGGAUAUUCUUCCAAUGGGAGAUGCAUAGAUGCUGUACAUGGUUAUAAUCAAUUAUGUCAAUAAAUCCAUUUGCUGAAAGAAAA